AUGAUUUUGCAUGCCAGUGCACUGAGUGCGUAUGUAAAAAGCGUUCACAUUUUCGCCCGGAGCGCGCACUACCGUCUGGAUGCAUUCCGACGUGUGUUUUCGAAUCGAACAUAUGCUGCCGUGUGUAAAAAAGCGUUUGAUCGUGGUAACACUAUUGUAAAGACGAACAGAAACCACUCGGCUCUGUACAUGACUGAUGAGGCGCAUCUAUCUAUUUGCUUUACAAGCCCGGAGCGCGCACUACCGUCUGGAUGCAUUCCGACCGUGUGUGAAAAGCGUUUUGGUAACACGUGA